AUUGAAGGCUCUAUACCUUCAAUCCUUUUGCCAGCUUCGAAACAUUAUGCAAUUACAGCUACACGCAAUGUGACAAAGACAAGCGUCUGAACGUGCGCGGAGUAACGAUAGCUCUUUGGUAUUUCAUAUCCAAGGGCCACCAGACUGUGGCAAUGCUACCAUACUGUUUCAAGACAUAUCCGGACAAGUCAUCUUCCUGGCCUGAGCUAAUGGCUCUUUUCAAGAUGAAUCUUAUCGAAUUUACUCCUGGAUAUGGCAGCGAAAAGUACACGGAAGUGAACCGAAUUUUGGCCAAUCGAGCGGCAGACACCGGAGGUUGUAUUGUUGCACGCUCGCAGAUGCAUAAUAUUAUAGAAGAAAGACCAACUUUGGAUAGGACCGUAGAGAAAAGAUGCGUAGAUGUCCUUCCAUCAUGCUGUGUGCAGGCUCCAACGCGGGUUCCAGUUUUUGUUCUUGCAUCAUGUACGUGUAGACGCGGUAACUCCCAACAACGAGUUCAAGGUUGCCCCUCCAAUCUCAACUAG